UGUUGGACGACGGGGAUUAACGUGAAAACGCUGUGCUUUCAAUGAGCCACAAUGGAGACUAAAUAGGAACUCGCACGGAUUCAAGGCUUUUAAUUUAUUCAUUAUAUGAAGUUAGACUUUUACAAGUAGAUUCACGAAUCUGUGGUUGGUAUUUUUAACAAGUCAUUAUCAGUAAAGGAAAACACGUGGCGGACAGAUCCUGAAGUUUGUCUACAAGUGUUUUGAAUAAGGAAAUCGUCUCCGGCUAACGUUAUGUAGCACGCUAAUCUCAUUUGUCCAUUCGUUAACUCAGCUAUAACAUCACAGACUGGUAUUAUAACCCUACAUUAAGCUACCUGCUGGUUUGAUCCUCUCCAGGCAUGACCGAGUACAAACUAGUGGUGGUCGGGGCAGGAGGCGUGGGGAAGAGCGCUCUCACCAUCCAGCUCAUCCAGAACCACUUCGUAGAUGAAUAUGAUCCAACCAUCGAGGACUCGUACAGAAAACAGGUGGUGAUCGAUGGAGAGACCUGUCUGCUGGACAUCCUGGACACUGCAGGUCAGGAGGAGUACAGCGCCAUGAGGGACCAGUACAUGAGGACAGGAGAGGGCUUCCUCUGUGUGUUUGCCAUCAACAACACCAAGUCCUUUGAGGACGUUCACCUCUACAGAGAGCAGAUCAACAGGGUGAAGGACAGCGACAGCGUCCCCAUGGUGCUGGUGGGGAACAAGUGUGACCUGAGUACCCGUACGGUGGAGUCGCGGCAGGCUCAGGAGCUGGCACGGAGCUACGGGGUACCGUUUGUUGAGACCUCUGCCAAAACCAGACAAGGUGUAGAGGAAGCUUUCUACUCGCUGGUGAGGGAGAUUAGAAGAUAUAAGGAGACCAACCGCAGCAACAAGAAGAGCAAGAAGAACACUCAGAGACGUUGCACAAUACUAUAGCAGCCACACACACACACACACACACACACACACACACACACACCAGCGCAUCUCAUACAGCACUUGUUUCACGCUCACUCUCACACACUGCAACUCCUCUGUCAGGUUGGAAACGUCCAGCAUGGCUCCGGACAGAGAAGCAGAUGUGGCAAAAUCCGUUUUUUUUUACUGCUGUCACAGUUUCCACUUCCAUUUAUUCAUCUGAUGUGCAGUGUCUGUUUAACACUGUGAAUUCAAUCGGAGGUUUUAUCUGUGGUUUUUAAAAGAUUUUUUUUUUCUUUUUGGUUACGGUCAGCAUUUGUGCAAACUUAAUGUGUCGCAGUUUGCAAAGAUAACUCUUUUACUAAUUAUAAUUUUGUCCAGCCAGUGUUUUUUUUUUUUUGUUUUUUUGUUUUUUUACAGACUGUUCAGCUUCUGUUUACAAUGCUGGUGUCAGGGGUUCACGGUGGUGCGUCACUGCACUUUGCACUGUCACAUCAGGUGACGCAUUCAGUCCAAAGCUCUCUAAUUGUUUUCAGGACUCAAUACAUGGUUUAGGGUGAUUUCAUGUUAUUACUCGGUACACAUCUGUCUUCAUGAAGUCCCAUGUGGACACAAGGGCUGUGGUCGAUUAGCCGUUUUUUUUGGUUUUAUUAGGAAGUUUCCCAACUCUGAAUUACUAAUACCACUUUUCCACCAUCGUGGAACAGGUGCCUAUUUUUAAACUGUUUGGAGAAUUUUGACUAUAAACCAAUUGGUUCAGAACCUGAAAAAUGGUCCUCCUUGAAUUCAGUGAUUCCACUCACAACUGUUGGAAACGACCUGGUUUUUGCUAGAUCACACCAAGGUUGCAAGAAUAUUGAACAGAACUGGUUCAAAAACAAGAGCCAGUUUGCAGGAAAAGGGGUUUAAGUUGCAGCCACGAUAAGAGCAGGUUGAAUCUCAUAAUGAUUUAUUUCAAUUCCAACCUUGGUAAUGACAUUUUUUUACCAUUUUUUGUCCAUAUUUAUAUAACUUGCAUGAAACAAGAUAAAGCAAGAAUCUUGAACAGAACUGGUUCAAAAACAAGAGCCAGUUUGCAGGAAAAGGGGUUGAAGUUGCAGCCACGAUAAGAGCAGGUUGAAUCUCAUAAUGAUUUAUUUCAGUUCCAACCUUGGUAAUGACAUUUUUUAAACCAGUUUGUCCAUAUUUAUAUAACUUGCAUGAAACAAGAUAAAGCAAGAAUCUUGAUCAGAACUGGUUCAAAAACAAGAGCCAGUUUGCAGGAAAAUGGGUUUAAGUUGCAGCCACGAUAAGAGCAGGUUGAAUCUCAUAAUGAUUUAUUUCAAUUCCAACCUUGCUAAUGACAUUUUUUAACCAUUUUUUGUCCAUAUUUAUAUAACUUGCAUGAAACAAGAUAAAGCAAGAAUCUUGAACAGAACUGGUUCAAAAACAAGAGCCAGUUUGCAGGAAAAGGGGUUUAAGUUGCAGCCACGAUAAGAGCAGGUUGAAUCUCAUAAUGAUUUAUUUCAAUUCCAACCUUGGUAAUGACAUUUUUUAACCAGUUUGUCCGGAUUUAUAUAACCUGCAUGAAACAAGAUAAAGCACGGGUUAACAAUGAAAUCAAUUAAAAAUGGUUAGGAAAAGACAUGGGUCGUAGUUUUUUUUUACUAUUCACCUGCAGUAAUAAUGAGUAAAACUGAUUACUGUGAAAACAUUUUUGCUUCCAGAUGAUUGGACAAACUUUUGGGAAGUUGGGAAAACUGUGUUGUGUCCCCUUAAGUAUGUCCUCUGGGGUUUCAAACACCACAGCCACUUUUUUUUUUUUUUUAAUUUCUCAUAUGUCAACGAGCUGUAGCAGGAUAGGAUCACCACAGUAGCAAAGCCUCAAAAUUGUGUUCCAGACUCUAGGUGCACUUUAUUCAUUUCCUGUUAUGUGUUUAUUGUAGAAUUUUUAGAAUUAGUUGGUGCCAUUUAACAAAGUUUACUCAGGAAUAUGGUGUUCUAUGAGGAAUAGCAGAGUGAGAGCUGUGUCAAGUGAUUGGUUGAGAUCUGAUGUCCAUCAUUUCACUCCAUCAUUAACUCACUGUUUGUUCCACACAGUCACACUGUAUUCCAAAGUCCACUUUAACUGCAGUUGUUAUGUCAGUCACAGUGUUGUUGGUGGUGGUGUGCUACUACAUACGACGUUUAAACCACACGGAUGCUGAAACCAGUGUUCAACUCGUGUUAUCUGAUCAUGCUUGAUGCUGGAUGAUAAGGAUAUUCAAUAGGGCAUCAAUAUUUUAUAGCAGUGUUUGUCUUCUUUGAUAACUACUGUCACCCUAAAUGUAAUGGAUUAUAUUUCUAUUUUUCUAGCAUUACAAACCGCUUUCCCCAGUUUAGAAACAUCUGCAUUAAUAAACUGCUGUCCACAUAUUACUGAUUAUAUCAAAGUUCAGCGAGCUAAUUUCAGUUGUGAAUCCAUCCAUGAAGGGUUCCUCCUCUGCUCUGAUGCCAGUCUCAUUAUCUGGACUUAAUGUAAUUCCACUGUUAUAUGGAGUAACUCCAGUCUCUCACUGAGUUAUCUUUUAUGCACUCUGCUGUAAUGAACAAGUAAAUGUCUUCAGCUUUUA